AUGGUAACUAUUAUCAUAAUUUUUAUAAUUGGGUGGGUGUUUGUGUGGGAAAAAGGCUACCAGGAAAUGGACUCUGUGGUCAGCUCCGUUACUACCAAAGCCAAAGGCGUGACUGUAACCAACACUUCUACACUUGGAUUCCGGGUCUGGGAUGUGGCGGACUAUGUGAUUCCAGCUCAGGAGGAGAACUCCCUCUUCAUCAUGACCAACAUGAUCACCACCGUCAACCAGACCCAGGGCCUCUGUCCUGAGCUUCCAGAUAAGACCACUGUGUGUAAAUCUGAUGCCAACUGUGCUGCUGGCUCUUCAGGCACCCACAGCAACGGAAUUGCAACAGGAAGAUGCGUGCUGUUCAAUGAGACCGUGAAGACGUGCGAGGUGGCAGCGUGGUGUCCAGUGGAAGAUGACACACAUGUGCCUGAACCUGCUUUUUUAAAGGCUGCAGAAAACUUCACUCUUUUGGUUAAGAACAACAUCUGGUAUCCCAAAUUUAAUUUCAGCAAGAGGAAUAUUCUUCCCAACGUCACCACUACCUACCUCAAAUCGUGCAUUUAUGAUGCCAUAACAGAUCCCUUCUGCCCCAUAUUCCGUCUUGGCAAAAUAGUGGAGAAUGCAGGGCACAGCUUCCAGGACAUGGCCAUUGAGGGAGGUAUCAUGGGUAUCCAGAUCAACUGGGAUUGCAACCUGGACAGAACCGCCUCCCUCUGCUUGCCCAGGUACUCCUUCCGCCGCCUGGACACCCGGGAUGUGGACCACAAUGUGUCCCCCGGCUACAAUUUCAGCACUGAUUCUGUGAGCUUUGUGGAGUUUCAUGGCCAGCUCCAUGCCCAUACCCACAAGGCAGUCCUAGGGCUAGCGACAGUGCUGUGUGACGUCAUAGUCCUCUACUGCAUGAAGAAAAGAUACUACUACCGGGAGAAGAAAUACAAGUAUGUGGAGGAUUACGAGCAGGGGCUUGGCAGUGAGAUGGACCAGUGAUGCCUCCACACCUGGGCUCCCCAUGGGCCUCAUCAGAGCACAGCGAGGAGGGAGAAAAGGCUGCCGUUGUCACCCCAGAGAAAGUUCCAGAUUCUGAGUCCAUCUCCACUGCACAAGAACUUCAUGGUUGCCCAGCUGCUCCCGUGUUUUGUGUGUAGGGCGUGUGUAGUAAACCACCCUG